AUGAGACGAUAUCUACCUGCUCCCAUUUUCAUGUUUUUCCCCAAAAGGUGUCUCUGCUCUGUGGACCCACACAACAUAACAGGGGCCGUGGAAUUCUUCCUCCUGGGACUCUCCGAUGAUCCACAAGUCCAGCCUCUCCUCUUCAGCCUCUUCCUGUCCAUGUACCUGGUCACCAUCACAGGGAACCUGCUCAUCAUCCUGGCCGUCAGUUCGGACCCCCACCUGCACACACCCAUGUAUUUCUUUCUCUCCAUCCUGUCCGUGGCUGACAUUGGCUUUACCUCCACCACACUGCCAAAGAUGAUUUGGGACAUUCACACUCAGAGCAGAGCCAUCUCCCAUGCCGGCUGCCUGGUGCAAUUGUCUCUUUUUUACCUGUUUGCAUGUUUGGACAGUUUACUUCUCACGGUGAUGGCUUAUGAUCGCUUUGUGGCCAUCUGUCACCCCCUGCACUACCCCGUCAUCAUGAACCCCUACCUCUGUAGCCUGUUACUUCUGGCGUCUGUUUUCAUGAGCCUGUUGGUCUCCCAGCUGAAUUGCAUGAUUAUGUUACUGCUUAGUUUUUGCACCCGUGCAGAAAUUUCCCACUUCUUCUGUGAACUCCCUCAAAUCCUCAGGCUGGCCUGUGGGAAUACCGUCCUCGAAACUCUGUUAAUGUAUAUGUUCAUUGCUAUAUUUGCUGGUGUUCCAGUCUCAGGGAUCCUGUACUCUUAUUCUAGAAUCGUGUCCUCUGUUUUGAAAGUCCCGUCCACGGGAGGGAGGUACAAAGCCUUCUCCACCUGUGGCUCUCACUUGUCUGUUGUUUGCUUGUAUUAUGGAACAGGUAUCGGGGUGUACUUCAGCUCAGCUGUCUCCCCUUCACCCAGGAAGGGGGCAAUGUCUUCACUGGUGUACACAACUAUUGUUCCCUUGUUGAACCCCUUCAUCUACAGCCUGAGAAACAAGGACAUCAAGAGGGCCUUCCAGAAGCUUCUCAAUAAAUAG